CUUCACCAGAUCUUAUUCAUCUACACAGUGUAACGUUUACACAGGGACAAGUUUAAAUGUAAAUAGUUCCUUUAAUAAGUCAGCCACAUUGAUUUCGUCUUAUUGUUUGAAUUAACUGAUCAUCAGCUUGAAAACUCGACAAAAACCUUUUUCUGGAUCGGAAUCACCUCAUCUCCCCUCUGGUAGGUUCUUGUUUUAGCCGCUAGGUGUCAGAGUCCCCAUCAGGAAACUCAAUGCCUUUCAAAAUAAGACGAACGCUAUGCAGGGUUUUAUUUUUGAAGCCGUAACCGGAAGUCACAUAAAUACAUAUUCUAGUGUAACUUGCCGCAUGUUUAGAAGCGUACUGACGCGUCACUUCGGCUGAGUGUUUCCCUGCGGAGGGGAAGAUGUGACAGUUUGCGCAUUUGGAGUGCGGUGCGCACGCUGACUGCACCGCUUCUGAGGGCGUCCUGCGCGGCUCUCGCUGCUGGCUGUGUCGAGUCCGGAACAGGGAUGCUGCGGUUCGUCUGGCUGCCGGAGUGCCGCUGCGCCCUGCAGCUCGUCAGGGAUCGCUCCCGGUGCUUUUAACCCCCUCCUGCGGUAGCUUCUCGGACCGAACCGGGUCCCGCUGCGCGAUCAGGAAGAUGGGGAACAGCUGGUCCGGUUUGGCAGCCUUCCAGUCUCUGCACAUAGUGAUGCUAGGUCUGGACUCUGCCGGUAAAACCACCGUUCUUUACCGCCUCAAAUUCAACGAGUUCGUCAACACUGUUCCGACCAUCGGCUUCAACACGGAGAGGAUCCGGCUGGGCGGCGCGGGGGCCUCCAGGGGCAUCAGCUGCCACUUCUGGGACGUGGGGGGCCAGGAGAAGCUGCGGCCUCUGUGGAAGCCCUACAGCCGCUGCACGGACGGGAUCGUGUACGUGGUGGACUCCGUCGACUCCGAGAGGCUAGAGGAGGCCCGGGCCGAGCUGCACCGAAUCACGCGCUUCCAGGAGAACCAGGGAACCCCGCUGCUGGUCAUCGCCAACAAGCAGGACCUUCCGCGCGCGCUGGACGUGGAGGAGAUCGAGAGGCAGCUGGGUCUGUCUGAACUGAGCCCCUCCACCGCGUACCACGUCCAGCCGGCCUGCGCCAUCAUCGGAGAGGGUCUGCACGAGGGCAUGGACCGGCUUUACGAGAUGAUCGUGAAAAGGAGGAAGACUCUGAAGCAGAAGAAGAAGAGGCAGUGAGUGGUGAUGGACCUCACACCAAGUUACUGUGAAAUAACAAGUCAGACAUGCAGGAAAUAAAACAUGCAGCAUAAUUAAAUAUUACAUCAUCAUUAUGCACUAAAUAAAAUGUUAAUUAAUCAUUCAUUUUAAAAAAGUUUAUUUUGGAUGUUUCAGCGAAGAUGCUUGUGAGCUCUGUGCUGGAGGUUCAGGACGCCUCAGGUCUCAGGUAAACAUCAGACUUUUAGUUUCGACUACAGGUGGAAAAUGGGUUUUAAGAACAAAGCUACCAGACAAAAAUAAAUAAAAACCACCACGUGACCCAAAAACAGAGUCAGGCUGGUCAGAAGUCUGAUCACUUUUUACUCUAAAGUCUGUUUGGUCUGAAGACCUGAGGAUGUCCUAAAACCAGAGCUUCUGGUCAGACUGAGGUGAAAACAUUUUGGGGGUUUGGACCAGAAUAUAAAGUAUUGAUUCUCAGAGGAAUCCCCUUUAUUCAUUUCUCCCAGAAAAAAAAACACAUCAGAAGUCUGACUUUGACCACUUUGAAUUGCAAAUUUAUAUAUUUUUGUCUAUUUUUAUAAUUUACUGGUUUGUAUUUUAACCAAAUGUCUUCCAAGUACAGGAAAACUUUAUAGCCUGAUUAGCUAUCAGUAGAAAAUUAAUGCACAUUCAUUCUUUUUGGCUUAAUUGAGACUCCAACAAGAAUCAGUGCAAACAGUUUUUGGUUUUUAAAUUAGUGUGUUUAAUAAAGGAGGAAAACUAGGGAUGUUUCCUUUUAUUGAGCGGCUGAAAAGAAAUGAGCAGAAAUUAUCUGAUUAAUUGAAACGUUGAAAUCUUAGCAUUAAAGUCUUCCUCUGAUUCCUUUUCUUACACAAAUAAAUCCUAAUAAAGCGGCAGUAAAUAAGAUCAGGGGUCUCAUUUAUAAAGCUUGUUUAUGCACAUAAUGGAAACAUGCAAAAGUUUUUUAUUAUGCAAACUUAGUGAUUUAUAAAGAAAAACUUGAUGGGAAAAUAGGAAAUGGAAAACAAAUGUUGACCCUAGUUUUGGAAACGACGACGCGGCUGGUGAGAUGAUAAAACAGUGAAAGAAAGCCGCGUUUUCAGACUCGCAUCGCCCUCACACACACACACACACACACACACACACACACACACACACACACACACACACACACCAGCCACGAUCCCAUCUCUGAACUGAGGAUUAAAAUGAGAAAUUAUCAAAAUGGAGCUUCAUGUUUAACAUUAUCAAAUCCAUUGAAUAUUUUCAUUAAACCUACCGUAAUGAGCAACCUGCUGUUUGUACACCUGAUGUAGAAACUUAAACUCAGGCUUGGUCAUGAAGAAUUUAAAGAGCAAGUCACCCCCAAAUCAACUUUUUUGCUGAUAAACUACAUAAAAGAGUGUCUAAUCAUGCUGUAGACAUGUGUAGCCAAUAAUUUUAAUCUGCCAUUGCUAAUGGCUUACCCCAAAAUUCCACUAUCUCCGCUCCGACCCCGCUUUCCGCUGCCGCUCGCUUCCGAACUCAAAUUAUACUGUACUCGUUCUACAACAGCUCCGCUCCGGUGCGGAGACCUGAGGUGCACAAACAGGCAUGCGCGAGAUUUUCGAGAUCUUGCGAUACAGUCCGAGCAAUAAACGCGGAAGUUAGAUCCAAACACCCGUUGUGUGGGAGAAGCAUCGAAAUGAACUGUUCAAUCUGCCCAUCAUUUGUGUUGAGAGAUCAGCAGUGUUUGGAUCAACAAAGUGUGACUACGUUGAUAGUGGAAACUGUAUUUAUGGCUUAUUUUUGUGCAUUUAAAGUUCAACUGCCAUUGAUAGUUGUUAAAAGUUGUUAAACCUGUGCAUAUGAAACAAAAAACGCCUUUUGUUUAUCGAUUUAUUGUGAGAUAACGGAAGUUGUGCUUGCUCCUUUUCCUGUUGGGCGGUUGUGAUUUCUGUCCAUUGACUGCGGAGGUGCUCCGGCGUCCGGCAAAAAUAGAAUCGAUCCUUUUUUUGCCGGAUGGUGGAACGGCGGGCGGCGCACUGCGCCGCACGGCCACAGUAGUGGAACAGCUCUGAUUGACUACAACGGGACCGUUUUUGCUGCGGAGUUCGUGCCGGAGCGCAGCGGAGCGGAGAUAGUGGAAUUUUGGGGUAAGAGGUACUCUGUGAUGUUAGCUGGUACAUUAUAAUGUCACAAUGUCGUUGUGAGCCUGUUUGGCUCGACACACAGGAGGCGACAUCGCCUCUCCUCCAUUCAUUUUCAAUGAGACAUGCGUGACAAAGCGAUAAUCGCAGGUCUCCCUCCUACUAAGCGAAACGCGAAAAACGUGCGUGUCAAAUUUUGUGCUCGUGCACAUGUCGUGCACAGGCAACCCAGCAACGCAAUCCAAGAAAGUUGAAAUAUUUUCAACUUUUCAUCGCUGUCGCUCGGACGAGGGCCAAUUAACGGGGGUUUCAUUCACUGACCAAUGAGCGGACAGGAUGCUCCGUACAUCUCCGAGCAAACAUGAAGGAGAAGUUGAUUAUUAUGUUUUAUAGUAAAAUCAGAAGUAAGAUUUCACAUAACUCUAGCAGCACCUUGUGAAACAUCAUAUCUACCGCUUUUUUAACUCUGAACCGCUUAAAUAACCUUAAUUCCCUCCAACCUGACACAGCCAAACAAAACAACGGAAGUUUCGAUUUCGCCAUGGAACAGAACGCGUAGACGGCAAUUCCGCUGGCCGCGGGUCGCCUCCCGUGUGUCAGGUAAUAAAAGUGACAGCGACGAAUUUCGCUGAUCGUAGUCGUUUGUCGCCUCCCGUUUGUUAGCUGCUCCACCCUCUCAGUCUGCCAGGCAACAGCAUUUGUUGCAUUUUUCAAACAGGAAGUGGGAGUGGAGUAAAGCCUGGGGCAAACCGGAGGCGGGCACGCCGCACAGCGUUGCACCAUCAUUUUAAAUAGAAGCCAUUAUAGUUAUUGAGAGUGGGCGCAUGGGGAGCGCCGCAUCCCAGAAGCAUCAUGCCGAGGCACUGAAGAUGGACGCCAGUUCUGUCUCAAGCGCCAUGGCUGUUUAUUACAUUGUGGAGUGCUUUACAACGCGGAACGGCUUUACGGCACAAACCCAGCCGAAGUUUUGAUAACUUUAAAGUACUGUUGAUCUUAAAAUAUCCCAAUAAAUAGCACACUAACCCAUUUUUAAUUAAUUCAAGUCUUGCAAAACACAACGGCAAUUCUGAUCACGUAUAAACAAUAGAGUCACUUACCGUGGGAUUUUCCAAGAAGCGCGCAGCACGGCGCGGCGCGUCCUGUGUGACCACUUGGCUUCUCUAAACCUCGGGCGUGACACGCCGUGUCCACCUCAGCUGUGCCCCAGGCUUAAGAUUCUGGUAGGGGUUGACUUGCUCUUUAAGACUCCGAGUCGACUCUAUGUUUGCUUUUAAACGACAAAUGUAAAAAUGCCAUAUGUUCGCCAUGUAAACACCAGACCAUACAUGGGCUGCAUAUUGCUCAUAAGGUGGAUAUGUUGGAAAAUUAGUUUACUAAUUAAACUAAGAAAAGUAAGGAUUCUUUGCAAAGUUUCAUAAACGAGGCGCCUGGUUGUUAGAACCACAAUACUUUUCUUAAUCCCAGAUAAAUGUAGCACAAACCCGCCAAAUAAAUACAGCAAGGCUCUGAAUCAGAAAUACAAAAUACACAGUCGUCAGCAUCUAGUGAUUUUUAUGUGACCUGGAGGCCAAAUACAAUUCAGCUUCUCCAAAAGUCCAAUGCUUGGAGAACGCAAUCACAUCAGAUUCACCAUAAAUCAGAUUUAGGUUGCCCUAAGUAAGUCAUGUUUGAAUAGCGACUGUUUGAGUUAUGGAGGCGGAACCAACCUGUCAGGAAAACGGCGUCCUGUUUAAAGGUUGUAGUGAAACAAACCAACAGGCUGGAACCUGAUCAAUGAUUCGUUUAAACCUUUAGAGUUGACUGACAAACACCAAAUCCAACAGUGUUAAUAUUGGUUUGCGAUUUUAUAAUAAGUGACUUUUGAGUGUUGCUCAACUUUAACAACAUAACUGAAGCCAUAGCCUGCAGCAUGUUGGUCUAACGCCGCCCUACCCGGACUAGUUCACCCCGUCACCUCUGUGGCCGUGAUGGCAGCAUGCACGAUGGAUGAGAACAUCCUUUUGUCAGUUUUGUUUCAUGUACAUGUCAGCCACGACUCUGUCAGACACCAUGGUACAGCCAACAUGUGAUCGAUGCCAAAAUGGAAAAGAGAAGUAUUUUUGAGAUUAAACUCUUUAUUUAUUACUGAA